CUGGCUCGUUCCUUUAUAUAAGCCAAAGUCCCAUGGGCACAAGGUGUUGUUAGCUCAUUGCAGGCUUAAUUAAAACUUGGAAGAGAAGGAGAUGGAGCAGAAGAUGGCCAAAGACAAUUCACCUAUGAAGAGAGAUGGCCGAGUCUUGGCAAGGUGUCCCAACCUUAAGAUCCUAAGGAGCCUCAGGACCGCCGAAGCCGUCGAGCAGGCGCAUGGAGGGAAGGUCGUUGCUCGCGACGAUGAGAAUGGUGUGGUGAGGAUGAAGAUUGUGGUGACCAAGCAGCAGCUGAGGCAGAUGGUUGCGUCGACGGGCCGAGGACGGAGCAAUUCCGGCCAUCGGCCCUUGGCAGCGCCGCCGAACUUGGAGCAGUUGAUGCAUGUGCUUAGGAGACGGCACAUGAAGAGAGCUGAGGGUUGCCGGAGUGGGUGGAGGCCUGCACUUCAGAGCAUCCCUGAGGAGAAUUAGAGAUAAAUAUCACGGUUUUUCUCCUAUUUUGAGGUUGGCUGCAACAUGGGUUAAAUCAUGCACAACUGUAUAGCUUUGUAAAUUUUGUCACAUUCUCGUUCCUUGGGGUCUAAUGAGAUGAGGGAUCUGUUGAAGGCCUUUCUGAAGUUUGUUUCUUUUGAAGUUCUUUUAUUUUCUUGAUGAAGUGAAAGCUAUUUAGAAUGAAAGGAAGUCCAAGGAUUUAGAAAGAAA